UGCUUCAUCUUAGAGAAUUGCGGCACAGCUAGAUAUUUAGGGUUUUCAAACCCUAAUCCUAUAAAUAACAUCUUCAGACCUUUCUUCUCCUCAACACCUCCAAUACUACCCAAAACGGACGGUGUCUGAAGUUACAUCAGAUGAUUUCUUCUAUAGUGGCUUGAUGAAGGAAGCGAGCACGGCAAAUUCUUUAGGGUUUGGCGUGCGAUUUGGUGAUGUGAAUAACUUCCCUGCGGUGAACACUCUUGGUCUUUCGGUAAACCGAGUCGACAUCGCUCCUGGUGGAAAUGUCCCACUUCAUUCACACCCACGAGCAAGUGAAGCUAAUUUUGUGCUAAAAGGAAAAGUUUUUGUUGGAUUCGUAAGUGGUAGUAAUGUUUUGUACUCGAAGGUUCUGAAAUCCGGUGAGAUGUUUAUUGUUCCUAAAGGACUUGUGCACGGACUUGUGCACUUCCUAAAGAACGUUGGAACGGGGAAGGCUGUCGUGAUAGCUGCUUUCAAUAGUCAACUUCCUGGAGCUGCACUACUUGCUAAUACUCUCUUUGCUUCAAACCCAAUAAUUCCUAAUGAUAUUCUGGCUAAGAACUUCCAAGUUGAUGAGAACAUUAUUGCUACCAUAAAAUCUAAGUUUAGUAACCAAACAAAAUAAGUAAAUCACCAGAUGUGGUUCUUCCUUAUGAACAGUAUUUGUAUCUGCUAUGUUUGUAAUAGUAAUAAGAGACUCAUCGUCCACUUGAUAAAUUCAUGAAUUGAAUUUCCUAAUUUGAGUUUCAA